AUGGCGCUACUGAGCUUUAAGCAGAGCUUGAAUUGGGAAUUACUGGUGAUGCCAGGAUAUGAGUUCCCAGAUUUCAAAGAGUCUCCUCCACCUCCUUAUUCUCGGCUGUCUCCCAAUGAUGAGCAAAAGCCACUGGAUCUAUCAGAUUCCACGUUGUCUUACACUGAAACAGAGGCCACUAACUCGCCAAACAUCACGCCUGGAGACUUCUCAGAUGCCAGUAUGUCACCCGACGCCAUGAAGCGGAGUCACUGGUGUAAUGUCGCCUACUGGGAGCACCGGACUCGUGUUGGACGCCUCUACACAGUGUAUGAACAGUCUGUCAGUAUAUUUUAUGACCUACCUCAAGGAAAUGGCUUCUGCCUCGGACAGCUAAACCUGGAAAACAGGAGCGAGACUGUUAGAAGGACUCGAAGUAAAAUCGGCUACGGGAUUUUACUUAGCAAAGAGCCGGAUGGCGUGUGGGCCUACAAUCGCAGCGAGCACCCUAUCUUCGUCAACUCCCCAACACUGGACAUUCCCCAUUGUCGGACCUUAAUAGUGCGCAAAGUGAUGCCUGGCUAUUCGAUAAAGGUGUUCGACUACGAGAAGUCUUGCCUCUUACAACACGCCACGGACCUGGAUUAUGCAGAUGGGCCCUAUGACCCAAACAGCGUUCGGAUCAGCUUUGCAAAAGGCUGGGGGCCAUGUUACUCGAGACAGUUUAUCACGUCAUGUCCUUGCUGGCUGGAGAUACUACUCAGCAAUAACCGAUAACCAUUGGCCUCUGACAAAAAGGAAAAAGAAAAAAAAAAAAGAAAGAAAGAAAAACACAGACUAUCCCAAAUAUCAUCUACCUAGAUUUAAUAUAAAGUUUUAUAUAUUAUAUGAAAAUAUAUAUUAUACUUGUAAUUAUGGAGUCAUUUUUACAAUGUAAUUAUUUAUGUAUGGUGCAAUGUGUAUGUGGACAAAAAAAGGAAAAUGCACUUUGGCUUAUAUAAUUCUUUCAAUACAGAAUUUUUUUUUUUUUUAAAGAAAAACGAUACAGCAAAAAUGGGAGAGAACCCUAUUUUUGAUGUAUUUUUUUUUUAACUAUUAUUAAUACCCAGACAAAAAGCUAAUACCGGUCACUCAUUGAUAAUAAAGUAUUCGCAUUAUA